ACCCAAAACAGAAAAGUUCGAUCCGCUGAGAAAACAAACUCCGCAGCCUGUAAGUGUUGAACCCAUUGUGUUUCUACCCGCUGUUACAACGUGUGAGGGAGAAGAGAGAAGAAGACGAGUCUGAGGAAACAUGUCUGAGCUGAGCGACGAGGCCAGUGAGUCAGAGCAGCUGGGUGUCAGCCUCUCCCUGUGGCUGGGCGAGACCCUGGUGCGACCCGAGGAGCUGGAUGUCCCCCUGGACCUCCACACCGCCUGCUCCAUCGGCCAGUACGACGUGGUGGCAGAGUGCAUCAAGAAACGUGAGGUGAAUCUGGACGGCAAGAACAUUGGAGGAUGGACCCCGCUCAUGUAUGCAGCGUACAUCGGACACGACAACAUUGCAAAUCUCCUGCUGGAGGCUGGAGUGAACGUCAACGCCACCACUGCCAAAGGUCUGACCCCACUGAUGCUGGCAGCCAGCUGUGGCAAUGAAAGUAUCGCGUACUUCCUGCUUCAGCAAGGUGCAGAGUUGGAGCUGAAGGACUCUCUGGGCUGGACGGCUCUGUUACACUGCACGAGCACAGGCCACCAGCAGAUGGUCAGGUUCCUGCUGGAUAACAAUGCUGACGCCAAUGUCAAGGAGCCAGGGUUUGGUUUCACUCCCCUGAUGGAGGCUGCUGCUUCUGGGCAUGAAAUUAUAGUUCAGUACCUGCUUGAUCACAAAGUUAAAGUAGAUGACCGCAAUGCUAAGGGAGAGACUGCCCGUGCCCUUGCAAUGAUGUACGGCUGCACCAAGAUCGUCAGCCUCAUCGACUCACGUUCUCCAAGAACCAAACCAGGACACUUUGAAGACCUGAGCUCCUCUGAAGACUCAGACAGUGCACCCCCGAGGAUAAGGCCCAGUCGAAACCGAGCUAAAGGCAUUAGCAUCCACGAUGGGCCUCAGGCCAUCGCCAAGUUUCGAGUAGGAGGCACCAGCAAACUGUGUGAGACUCCUGCUGUGCCGCCGGGCUACAUGACCUUCCGUGAUAUUGGUGAACAGAGUGAGGGCCUCUGCUACCGGGACGUUACUUCGCCUAUCAAUGAGCUGGACGGCCAGAGCAACAGCAGCAGAGAUGAUAGUCCAUUCUUUGACAAUGACAUGCCCACCAUGAGGAGCAGCAGUAGCAGCAGCGAAGGCCUGCCUCAUGUGAUCGGCCUCAACUGGGAAGGCUCUGUGGAGAGUAACGAGGACUCCGACCAGUGCAAAAAGAGCAGCUCUCGUCGAGUAAAUAAGGGUCAUCACUCAAAAGGCAAGAGUCGCCACGGAAGCCACGAGGCAGCUCACUCCAGUGCUACAGGGAACUGUGGGAUCCGCACGCAUGUUGUUCCUCCACCUUCCUACACUGGUCCAAAGGCAUGUGAUCUGAGGGAGUUUUUGGCGCAAAUCGGCAUCUCCAAGUAUCUCUCAUUACUUGAAGAGCAAGACAUUGAUCUGCGGAUAUUUCUCACCCUGACUGAAAAUGAUCUCAAAGAAAUAGGAAUCAAAUUGUUUGGACCGAAGCGUAAGAUGACCUCGGGUAUUGCAAGGUGGCACAGCAGCGCUCGCCCCCCCAGUGAUGCUCUGGAACAGGCCUAUGCUGACCAACUUGAGGCUGAGAUGCAGGAGAUGGCCAUUCAACUACACAAGCGCUGCGAGGAGGUGGAGAGUCUGCAGAGCCAGGUGUCUCAGGAGAAGGAGCUGCGUACUGUGAUGGAGGGAUGCCUGAUGGAGGACAAGAUGGCAUGGAGGAGGGUCCAUACUGAGCUGGUGGAGAACCACCGGCUGACUCAGGACAUGAGCGCCACACUAGCGAAGGCUAGGACCUGCUGUGCUGAACUGCUCUCCUGCUUUACUACUGAUGGCACUGGUUUGGAAGAUAAAGCAAAGGAUGAUACCAGAGUGAACGCUGCAGAGGGCCUGACACGCUCCAGUGCUGUCGAGCUAAUCAAGAAGCUGGAUUCCUAUGAAGAGCAGCUUGCAGGGACCCUGAAAACCGUGCAGCAGAGCCUGAGGCGACUGAGUGCCCCUGAAAAAGUGUCUGAUAGCUGGGAACGGCCUUAACCUUUCCAGGGAUUUCUGCCAAUAUUCGACGGAGGGUGAUCUCACCACCCUGAACAAGCUCACUGAAAUGGGAGAAAGCCAAAGAUGAGGACAGCCCCCCACCACCAUGGGCUCAAAGUAGCAGACCUGCUGCCCCUCUGGGAAAGGCUGAUAGACCUGAGCACGCCAGAUCUGGACAAGGCCACGGUCAACGGCAGCUGCUGCAGGGAAAUGACAAGCAGGCAGGAAGGGCACCUGACCCCCCCACACGCUUGUGCUGGUGAAUACUGAACUCCACUAGUUGCGUUGUGAAAAUGCACAGCGAGGAGGAGGUGGAGCUGAUCAAGGAUCAGAGGCUGAAAUACUGUGAAACAUUUGUUUAGAAAAACUGUUCUCUCUCCUGAAUAUGAAAUGUGGUGUGAAUAAUGCUCAUGCCACCAGGAGAAGAGGUACAUUACAGAAGUAGAGAAGUCUGUUUAGUUCAAAUAAGUUCUGCAGUGAUACUUUGUGAAUAGAAUGAAAUCUUCUCAUUUGUAUGCUGUUUGAAUAUAAUGUCCUGCUGAAGAUAAAGACAUGAAAGUUACAGCAGUUCACACCAGUAAUCCCUCUGUGGACCAGGGUAGGGUAUCGUUUGAAUUUCAAGGAAUCAGAUAUCAUCGAUUCGGGUUCUAAACGAUUCUCGAUUGCAGUUCUUUAAAGGGUCAAAAUAUUUCACUUGCUUAUUUCACAGAAAAACAUUUCUUACAAACCUUUACACAAGUCAUAUUCACAACUGACUUCAAUGCAUUGAACCUGAAAAUGAAUUUGAAUUAGUUACUGUUAUUGAGGCCCGAGCACUGACAGUGCGAGGACCCUAUUGUUUUUGCUUCGAUUAUUAAAUGAUAUGAUUCAAUAAUAAUUUCUUCUUUUCAUUCAAUGCAGUGUAACUGUAAAUGACAACACAGCAACAGCCGACUAAUUUCCAGUUAAGAGAGCAUGUGUGUUUAUGAGAGAAGCAGGAACGCCUGUGUGUGGUGCUUGUGCACUUGCAACCGAACCAAAGAAGGAUAAGAGAAAUGUUACUUAAGUUUCACUUACCCGGUUGCGAUGAGGGCCGGGCUGUUGGCUGAGGGUUGACUGAGGAGGAAGACUGGGUUUGUGAGGGAGAGGGAGACCAGCGCAACACAUCGAUAAUGGUACAUUCGUGAAUUUGUAUACUGGGCAGGCGAAGGGGUUUAAUCGUGUUAGCUUUGCAUCCUCCCUUGCAUGAAAUAAGUUUGGCACAGGUGCUGCACUGAAAUGAAGCCAUGCUUUUGAACGCUUACUGGGUCCAUGAUGACGCUUAUGGGCGGCUCUACCCAGACUUAUUUGCUCGCAGCUAAUAUUUAUCUUUAAAUAGUUCCUGCCUAGAUAAAAAUAAAAUGUAUUGCUUUGGGCAGAAUCGUCCAGUCCAGAAAGCAGCAGUGCCAGUGCAGCUUGGGAGACACGGUCGCACAGACAGAUAGCCAAGUCCUGCCACUGAAUCUAGUGCCAGUGAUGCGUUUAAGAACAGAUAAGCAGAAUCAGAACUUACAUUUCUUAAUGAUUGAAUUGGAAUCAGAAAUUUGGAGCUGCUUCUCGAUGCCUACCCUAAUGUGGACAGUUGGAAGUCAAAUAAAUUCAGAGCUGAGACUUUUACUCUUCAAAUCCUUCAGAAUCUUUCAAAGUGGAUAUCCGUGGAUGUAUUUGAACUCAA